AUGGCAAAUGCAUUGUCUCGAACAAAACCACACUUCUUCCAGCCUCUUAUCCCCGGUUUCGAGAACCACCUUAACAUUCCAGUGAAAUUCUUCUCCGACCACAUCGUCGGAAAACACGAUGGAAGGACUGUAAAUUUGAUAUCAGAUGCGUCAGAAAGAUCUUGGCAAGUGAAGAUGCAAGGCCAUAGACUCACCGACGGUUGGAAAGAGUUCGUCGAGGCACAUGACCUUCGAAUUGGUGACUUCCUCGUUUUUAGACACGAAGGAGACAUGUUGUUCAAUGUCACUGCUCUAGGACCUAGCUGCUGUGAGAUUCAAUACUCACAGUCACAGCCUCCCAGCCAUGAAGAAGGCGAAGAGAGUAACGAAACUGAAGUAUCUUCAAGAUCUGAGAAGCAAGUUGAGGAGAAUGUGAAAACAGAAUGUGAUCAAUUUUCAUCUGAUCUCAAUUGUUUUAGCCUAUCUGUGACGGCUUCAAACCUAUCAAGAGAUACAGUGUGUGUCCCCAUACAUUUUGCAAAGAGAAAUGGUUUGAACAAAGAAAGGCAAGAGAUAGUUUUGAUGAACGAAGAAGGCAAGUCAUGGGCAUCUGAAGUAAAGAGCUGGGGUGGUUGUAGGCUUACCAUUGUUCGAGGUUGGACAAGUUUUUGCACUGCAAAUAACCUACAAGUUGGAGAUUCUCGCACAUUUAGACUGCUCCCAAACACAGCAGAAACGCCUGUGUUUCAGCUCUUCAGCCCUACUAAGUCAGAGAGGAGAAUCCAGUAUGCUGAAGGUUGUAUCGAUGGCAAAACCGGAGAACACCGGUUUGUGAAGUUAACUCCUACACCAAACAGCCUUCACCUUGGUAAACAGCAUCUACCGGCGAGUUUUACGAGAGAGAACGGACUCAUCAAUCCGGGGAACAUAGUUCUGGUGGACAAAAACAGAGCUGAAUGGUCAAUGAAGCUUAAGGCUGACAAAGCUACUGGUCUGAUGUAUAUUAUCAGUGGUAAUGGUUGGAAAAGUUUCUGUGCGGCCAAUGAAAUAGUUGUAGGGGAGUCUCUAAUAUUGGAGUUGAUCCAAGGAGGUGUAACUCCUUUGCUUAAGUUCAGCUCCAAGAUGGAGGAACCACCAUUUGAAGCAGAGGCUCAGGCACACAAGAGAGCUCGAUUCCAAACAUGGAGCCAGGAGACUGAACCGAAUCUUAAGAUGAGAGAGAAGACAACUGAAGAAGGAGAAGCCUCUCGAGCAUCUAACAAAUCCAGUGGUAAUCAAGAAAACUUGCAUCAAAAGCAACCUGUCCCUGUCUCAAAUCAGGUGGCUAAGGUGAAAGAUAGCGUUGUAGAUGCUUUAACUAGUAUAAGACGGUAUAUGGCAGAACUCGAGACAACGAAACAGAAGCUAGAAAUUUCAUUAAAGGAAAUCAACGACCUAGGGCCGAAGUAAGUGAGUACGGUGAUCGGUUGUUGGAAACAAUAGAAUCAACUGUGAGCUGAGUACUAUGAAACCAAUAAGAAAGAUUCAAUCAUCAGCAAUGGGAGUCCCGGUGCAGGGAAAGGAUGAUGAUGACUGGUUAGCCUAAGCCAAUCCUGCAAAAAGAAAAAUUGUUAGAAACAAAACCAAUAAGUUGCUUCUUGAAUUGUU